AUGGUACACAUGAAUGUCCUGACUGAUGCCCUCGAGAGCAUCAACAAUUCUGAAAAGAGAGGCAAACGCCAGGUUCUUACUAGGCUCUGCUUCAAAGUCAUCGUUAGGUUUCUAACUGUGAUGAUGAAACAUGGUUACAUUGGAACUCCCAUUGGCAAAUUUGAAAUCAUGGAUGAUCCUAGAGCUAGGAAAAUUGUUGUGAACCUCACAGGCAGACUAAAUAAGUGUGGAGUUAUCAGCCCCAGGUUUGAUGGGCAACUCAAAGAUCUAGAAAAAUGGCAGAAUAAGCUGCUCCCAUCCUGUCAGUUUGGGUUCAUUGUAUUGACAACCUCAGCUGGCAUCAUGCACCACGAAGAAGCAAGAUGA